UUUUGGUUUUUAUUUUUGUUGUAUUUUUACUAAGCUUAAGUCUCGGAAGUCUCAAAGAGGAGGAGAUGAUGAUUUUGAAAGAUUUUUUUAGUGUGUUGUUUCGAAAAAGUAAAAAUGCAGAGCAGUGCUAUCAUUUAUUUGACGAAGUUCGAGGCGUUCGCAGUUGGCAGCUGCAUUAAAGUCACACUUUUGUUUUGUCUCAAUAUAGUUCUGUUCGUUCGUUCGCUAGACUUACUCGAUCUGUUUGAUUUUUUUUGUAAAAUAAACUAAAGUGAUUAAUUAAUUAUUUUGGAAGUGAUUAUAUUUUAGUUUGUUUUAAAAGAUGAUUUUCAACCUAUACACCUUGUUUCUAUUGAUAACAUCUGCGGCAGUCAGUUUAGCUGGCACUUAUUUGAAUAGAAAUGAUCUCCCACUCUCCUCAAAAGUGAUAUUCCAAAGUCCGAUGAUGGAAAACGUCUACAAGGACAUCGUCCUAUCAUCGAAACCCAUCAAUUUGAAGAAAUAUGCAACAGCUAAACCAAAAAACUCACCUAAAGACUCAAAAAUCUACUACAUUCCAAUUGGACCGAUGCCUUAUCACUUUGCACCAGUUGUUAAUGGCAAUCAACAGCCACUGUUACCGCCAACAAAUCCAAUCCUAAAUGGACCAAAUGUUCCGCCAAAUUUCCUGCAAGCUUUUCUGCAAAGCUUCCAACAAAACCCGCCUCAAAAUUACCAACAAAAUCGUCCACAAAUCAAUUAUCACCCACAGCCAAAUUAUAUCCCAUCAGCAGCAGCUAAUAUCUCACCGAACAAGGGACAAAUACCUCCUCAGAAUGUUCAGCUUGUGAAUACUGUUAUUGCACCAAGUUCACAUCAUCAAGCCCCAGCAACACCAUCAUCAGCAAUGGACUUAGCUAAUACAAAUAUGAUCCGGCUUAAUGGACACACCUAUUAUUUCAAUGGACGACCUUAUAGAUUGAAAGCAUAUCGGGCAGCACCAAAGUUAAAUGUUGAUAAAUAUAAUUUAAAUUCUCAUUUAUUUUUUAAUAAAAAUAUUAUCUAUUAAGUUUAA